UGAUGCAGACACGCGCUCCGCAGCUUCACUUUGAGCGCUUCAUUGUGUUCGUGGACUGGAGCUCAUGCGUGUCACUCACGGCAGACCAGUCAGAGCAGACUGAUAUUCUCCGAAGGAUUCAUCUCGCCUCAAUCCAUUCAGGAUUGGAUUACGUGUUAAAUCCUGCACCGGGAUUCGGUUCUGUCCCUCUGAAGAUGACCGCUUGUGGAUCGCAGAUUGAGGAUUUUCGCGGAAUUAAACGAGCUAAAGGCUGUGUGGUGAUAGCUGAAGCCUUCCUAUGAGGUGAGCAUAUCUGUUUGGACCUCCGGCUCCCCUCCCAGUGCCAGCAGCAGCAGGACUAAGGGAUGUCACAAGUAUUCCUCCUUCUGACCCUGCUCAGUUUCUCCUCCUGCAUCCAGGUGUCAUCUGCUGCAUCUCUCAAAACAUUGAUGGCAAGAUGGAUGAUGUAUCGAGAUGAAUGUUUUCGAAAUAUUAGCAGAGAACCACCGAUGACAGGUCUUGUGUGCAACAGAACAUUUGAUAAGUAUGCCUGCUGGCCGGAUGCACUGCCCAAUACUACAGUGAGUGUAGCCUGCCCCUGGUACUUGCCCUGGCACAAGGAAGUCCGACAUGGGUUUGUGUAUCUGGAGUGUGAUGCAGACGGACAGUAUAGCAAACAGAAGAAUGCCAGCGAAUGUGUAUCACGUGACCCCGCACAAAUCAACAUGCAACACUACGGACGGGUCCUCAGUCAGUUCCGGACCAUGUACACCAUUGGAUAUUCCCUGUCUCUUGGGGCGCUGGUGCUGGCGUUGGGCAUCCUGGUAGCCUUUAGGAAGCUGCACUGCAUGAGAAACAACAUCCACAUGAACUUGUUUGCCUCCUUCAUCCUGCGAGCCUCUUCUAUUCUCAUCAAAGAUGCCAUGUUGGAAAGGCCUGAUGACUUCCAUGUUGGUCAAGACAUCACCACUGAACUGGAGGUGGAGUGGCUGGUUAAAAACGAGACGGCGGUCGGCUGCAGAGUUGCAAUGGUGAUGAUGCAGUACAGCAUACUAGCUAACAACUACUGGCUGCUGGUGGAGGGCAUCUACCUGCACAGCCUUCUGGUCAUGACAGUCUUGACAGAGAGGAAUUACUUUGGCAUCUACCAGUGUAUUGGCUGGGGUGCCCCUCUGAUAUUCGUGUUGCCGUGGGUGAUCGUGAAGUACUUGUAUGAGAAUGAAGAAUGCUGGGUGCAGAAUAUUAACAUGGAGUACUGGUGGAUAAUUCGUUCGCCAAUCCUGCUGGCCGUGUUGAUUAACUUUUUCAUCUUCAUACACAUCAUCAAGAUCCUCGUGUCCAAACUGAGGGCGCACCAAAUGAGAUAUUCUGACUACAAGUUCCGGCUUGCUAAGUCAACCCUCACCCUGAUUCCGUUACUGGGAAUCCAUUCGGUCCUGUUUUCGUUUGUUACUGAUGAGUCUACCUCACAUGGUGCUCUAUCCCUGCGCCUCACAAAGCUCUUCAUCGACCUCUUCUUCAACUCCUUCCAGGGGCUGCUGGUAGCCAUCUUAUAUUGCUUCGUCAACAAGGAGGUUCAGUCUGAGGUUCUGAAGAAAUGGAGACGUUGGAAGCUUGGGAGGGACAUUGAGGAGGAAUACCGUCACACCUACAGCCAGUCCCUUCAGAUGAAGAGUGGCAUCAUCAUGGUCCCUCCUUCCAACCUCUUGCGGCUGCCUGAUAUCGCUACCACUACCUCCCGGCUCGGCAGUCCAGAAGAGAAGCAGAUGUUGGUGUCCAACAGCCAGAAUGGUAUGGGUACUGGAUUGCCGUUCACCUCCACACCACAAGAUAGUUCCACCUGCAGUUCGAUAACAGAGGACAUAGUCAUGGUGGACAGGGGAAAGUGUUGUAGUGUUCAACAGGACAAUGCCAAGAGCAACCUGUGAGCUUAAGGAGCUCCAGAUGUCUCACAGAAGAAUACUCUUAGCCCGACCACCCUCGCUUCUUCUGGCUAAGGUCCCUGAAACCUUGGCCCUAGCUUGAGCGAGAGGAGUGUUUAUGUGUGUUUGUGUUUGUGUGUGAGUUUGUGAGAGCACUGCCCUCUCUGAUGGACACAUGAUGGACACCCGUUCAUCACAUUACAUGGUGCUCAGUUGACACUGUCCCAGUCAGACAAGAUCAGCAUUGAGCAGAAGGUGGACAUACAGUAUGUUAAAAAAGAUUUGCACAAAUGUGCAUGCUAACAAACUCAAUGAUGAAGAACAGAGUCUUACCUCUAGUCUUAUAUAGCUAUCUGUGAUGUUGAUGAUUUAGUAGAGAAAACCCACUGGGACUGCAGGGUCCAAGAGGAACCAUCACAAGCAAACAUCUACAACCUGCACCUCUGGAUGACCGGAAGAUUUAGGAAGAGAUACACUGAACUGAACUUGUCAAAAACGUAACUAAACCAGGUAAUGCAUUGCAGAGUGCAUGAGCUCUGUUUGAACCGAAGGAACCCCACAUGUCUCUGUAGAAAAGACCAACUUGGACCAGAAUUUCCAUGCAGGUUUAUGCUAAUGUGGUGCUGAUGGAUCAGCAGAGCCAAAAAUGAGUAAAGCUGAUUAGUCAAGAACAUUUACUGAUUAAGUAAGCGAAGAAGCCUUGUGGUGACACCAGCACACCAGCAUUUUUGUUCGCAUAUAUUUUGGAAUCAACUGACGCUUUUGGGUACAUGUAACAUGUACAGAUGUUUGUGUGUAAUUUAAUUAAAACCAUCUUUGUCUUUGUUAAAAAUUAAUUGCCAAGCUACAGUAUAGAUGUAGACUGAUCAAGUAUUGACCGGUAUUACCCGUGUGCCUUUUUCUGUAGGUCAUAGACUCCAAUAUUAAAACAAAAACACAAAGAUUCACGAUGCAAAGUAAGUGAAGUACAAAUCAGUCACCCAAUCUUCAGAGGUGAAAGCUGCUUAAAGCAGAUUCUGUAUAGUGAACAGGGCAUCAGGCACACAUUAGAUGAAUGUGCCACUAUUAAUAAUGACGAUUGGUAUACUCAAGCAUGCAAAAUACAGCCACAUGUGAAAUGCUCCAAAGGGUCUGGGAUCAAUGCCUUAAUGGAGUAGCAUGACCGAUCUGAUUCCCCUGUGUCAGUGGUCAGAAGAGAUGACUGUCCACCAGAUAUGUUGAUAUGUUCAAGAGUCAGUAUUAGUUAGCAACUGCUUCUUCUCUCACAUACUUCUCAUCUCCUAAUAGGCAUUCGAAUCCUUUGCCAUAGAGCUUUGAAAGAUGUUCGGGAAGUGUAGGAGGAACUGUGAGGACAAGAGCCAGAAAGCGAAGAGAAAAUUUAGAACAAAUUACAACCUUCGACAUCGAUCAAAAUGGUUCCACACUCAGAGGAUAUCCGUCAUGCUCAAUUCAAGACAUGCUAUAACAAAAAUACGCAACCGAAAGACACUGAAAUGAGAUUGCGGCAAAGUAUAGAGGUGAAGAAUUUCUGCGACAUUAGUGCCACCAAAUCUGUUUGUUUGAGUGGCCCAGCUGAGCCAUAACAAUAACAAAGAGUUCUGGGCGGGACCAUAGGGUUAAGGUUUGUCUGGUUAAUAUCAGCAGUUAAUCCCUGCUGGUAGAUUCUGUAACUACACCAUUAUGGAGGCAAAAAGCAUCUUUCCUCACUGACGGCCAUUCUGUCGUAGCUGUGUAGAUGUCGAGCAACUACAUUUAAGUUGAAUGAGAAUCCUAACAGAUGGGAUUCCCCAGUUAUUGACAUGAACUUAGUCUGAACAAUUUGAACAUAGAGAGUUUGUUUCUAAAAUUAAUUUUUACAGUUCUGGUUAGUGUCACUAAUGAUGUAUAAAUGACAUACUUCACCUUUAAUGACAAUGAGCAGCUGAUGCCCCAUAUUGUGGCAUUUGUGUGCAUUUAUAUUUUCUUUAGAUCAUCAAACAUGUGAUGAUAAUGACAAUGAUUAACGCAGAUAACUAUGUGGGGCAAUUUGCACAAUUCUAAUUUAUAAUUGUUAAAUAUGUAGAUAUCUGUAAAUGCCUGUUGAGAUUUGUAAUGACUUUGUUUUAUGGUGUCUGUUAUUUGUGCAAAUGGUGUGUAUUCUCUGCUUGCUUUGGGGAGAGUGAGAGAAACACGUAGGUCCUGGUUUAGUGUUCAGUUAACUAAGAAGAGAAACUUCUGGCAUUUUUGUUUUUUUGCAACACCCAAGACCAAUUUUGCCUUUUGAGUGAAACCGGCUGAGAUAAUUCAGUCCUUCUGUGGUAAAAGUGAGAUAGUGGUGGCUAAUUUGUAAUAACUGCAGGUGAAAGACUUUUUAGCGUGCUAAGCGUCGCAAAAUCCAGUUCGACUUUUUUCAAAAAAGAGAAAUACUUUAUUGCCACAAGGGAUCAAAGAACAUGAACUUGUUUGUCUGAGGUUGUCUGCCAAAACAAAACAUCCUGUUGAAUAUUUCAAACAGAUUUUCCAAAAUUGGCAUCAUGUAAUGUUAUCCAAGCAUGAGAGUAAUUGUGAAAGUUGAUAAAUCAUGCAUACAUGGGUCUGCCUUCUAUUUCCAUUGUCUCUGUUUCUUGUAGCCAAACUGAAGUGAUGCCAAAUUCUUCAGUGAGGGAGGCAAAGCGUCUGUUAUGCUCAUCUCUCUGCAUUCAAACUUCAGAACCUCUUGGAAUAUCUAGGAAUGAACUUGCCCAGAGUAUCCCUGGAGCCAUGCUUUGGAAGCAGGAGAGAUGGAAAGCGGAAUCUGUGUAACAGAACAUGCAUUUGACGAAUUGAACCCAUUAUUUUUAAGUAUCUGAAUGGUAAUGAUGUUGCAUCAAAGUAUGAUAUGUUGAAACAGUCUAUAGUUGUUUUGAUGUAUAUAUAAGAAUAGCUUACUCAAAAAUAAAAAAUUUGUCCUUCAUUUACAGUGUUGUUUAAUUUUAUAUUAUUCUUGUGUCAACACAAAAUUAUAGACCCAAAAUUUAAGUCGUUGUGACAAUCUUCCCUUUUGCUGUAGCUUUGAGACCUCAUUUGCGAUUUCCAAACAGUUAAUGUUGUAUUCGGUCACGUGAUGCAUGAGAAUCAAUUAUGUCAGUUUGGCAUAAAAAAAUUGGUUUGAACAUUGGUUUGUUCCUCACACAAAGCUAUUUUAUGACUUCAGAAAUCUUGGAAUUCAGCUCACAAAUUAGACGGACAAUUGGUGCUUGGUAGUACAUCAUCUGCUUUUCUUGUAUAGAAAAGAGCAGCUUUGACAUUCCAAUAUCUCAUUUGAAAUGUCAUGAAAUGAUUUGACAAUGUUUAAUUUUGAGUGAACUGUUCCUUUAAAUUAAAUUUGCUGGCAAAAAUUCCAAAACAUGCCACUAUAUCAAAUAAUUUUCCCGCGCAAUCCUUGCAAAAAUGUCAUAAAAGAUCUUGUUUGCCUCUGAAAUACUUUUUUCUUUGACUGCAGUGUAUUUUUUUUUUCUUUUUAAUUUAUCACAGUGUUGGUGUUUCAUAGUACACCUCAGCCACAUUGCAAAUGACUGAUGCAAAAUAAUAAAUUUAGAACACUCCCAUUAUAUUCAAAGACAAUGUCUACACUAUAAACAAACAGUGUGGAAGCUUUGCUAGUUGUAAUGGGUACAUUCUAGUUUUUUGUUGUGUAGCUCGCUUGCUAUGUUGAUGGGUUAAUAGGAAUGGUUGGCCAGAAAUGGAGCCAGACAUGACAGAGAAGGCCUGCCAUGCUGUAGAUUAAAAUAUGUGCUUGUGUAAUGUUUUUUUGAUUCAUUAUGAUAUCAAGAUGGUGAAUAAAUUGAAGUAAAAAAA